AUUUAACUGCGCAAAAGUUCUGCGUGGUGACAGAUGUCCAAAGUCCAGAACUUUUCCAAACGCUCUGCGAUGGGGACGGCUUAAAAAUUGCCCAAACGUUUCUUUUUCCCCCCUUUACAUUUGUUUUAUUGUUAAAAAGGGAGCCGUGAUCAGUUUUUUGGCGCACAGGAAUCCAACUUUUUCUGGAGGAGCCGAAGCCAUGCAGGCGCGCUACUCCGUCUCAAGCCCGAACUCGCUGGGCGUCGUGCCGUACAUCAGCGGCGACCCGGGCUACUACCGAGCCGCGGCCGGCGGGGGAUACACGGGCAUGCCUGCGCCCAUGAACAUGUACACCCACGCCGCGCACGAUCAGUACCCGGCCGGCAUGGCGCGCGCGUACGGACCGUACACUCCUCAGCCUCAGCCCAAGGAUAUGGUGAAACCUCCGUACAGCUACAUCGCGCUCAUCACCAUGGCCAUCCAGAACUCACCCGACAAGAAGGUGACCCUGAACGGGAUUUACCAGUUCAUCAUGGAGCGGUUCCCUUUCUACCGAGACAACAAGCAAGGCUGGCAGAACAGCAUCCGCCACAAUUUGUCUCUCAACGAGUGUUUCGUCAAAGUGCCACGCGACGACAAGAAACCCGGCAAGGGCAGUUACUGGACCCUGGAUCCGGACUCGUACAACAUGUUCGAGAACGGCAGCUUCUUGCGCAGGCGACGGCGCUUCAAGAAGAAGGACGUGCUCAAGGAGAAGGAGGACCGGCUACAGAAGGACGCGCCGCCCCGACAGCAGCAGCAGCAGCAACCGCAAUCCCGGGACCAGGAGCAGGCCGGCACGCAACCAGUCCGAAUCCAGGAUAUUAAAACGGAGAACGGCACCGUGACGCCCCCACAGGCCAACUCGCCGUCUUUGAGCGCCGUGCCCAAAAUCGAGAGCCCGGACAGCAGCAGCAUGUCCAGCGGGAGCCCGCACAGCAGCAUCCCGUCCAACCGCUCCAUGGUGGGCAUGGAGACCGCGGAGCAGCAGCAGCAACACCACCACCAUCAACACCAACACCACGGCCAGGCUUCGGCGCAGGGCUUCAGCGUGGACAAUAUCAUGACCUCCCUCCGGGGGUCCCCGCAAGGGGGAACAGAGCUGCCCCCCUCAAGGACAGGUAUCGCCCCGUCGUUGUCGCUCAGCUACUCCCCGAGUCAGACCUCGGCGUACAGCUCCCCGUGCAACCAGAACUCCAUCUCCACUACCUCCAACGCCACCUACCAUUGCAACAUGCAGGCAAUGAGCUUGUACGCCGGGGAGCGGGCGAGCCACCUGGCCGCCCCCAGCACCACCGUGCAGGACGAGACGCUCCCAGACUACUCGGUCACCACCACCUCGUCCUCCCUGGGCCACGGCGGCCUCAACUCGGGCCAGGAGGGCCACCCGCACGCCCACCAGGGCAGGCUGACCUCAUGGUACCUCAACCAGGCUGGGGACCUGGGCCACUUGGGCGCCGCCUACCCGGCGGCGGCCGCCGCUGCGGCGCAGCAGCAGAAUUUUCACUCGGUGCGCGAAAUGUUCGAGUCGCAGCGAAUCGGCUUGAAUAACUCGCCGGUGAACGGGAAUAACAGCUGCCAGAUGUCCUUCCCGCCCAGCCAGUCCAUCUAUCGCACUUCGGGAGCUUUUGUAUAUGACUGCAGCAAGUUCUGAUACUGUAGGUAUAAAAACAACCUCCGCGGUCCAGUCCCCUAAAUCCCUUCCCGAUUCAUCCUCACAAAAAAUGGACUAAUAUGAGAAAGAACACAAACAAAAAGACUUGAUGUUUCUAAACAGUGUUACCACAAAUAACACGUAAGUCUCUAUUUUUUUGUGCUUUUUACGGUAAAAAUGUCUUCUUUUUCAAUGAACGUGUAACUUGCAUAUAGUAAUUUAUUUCCAAACUGUAGCCAGGAUAUUAUGGACCAAACACACACACACACACACACGCGCGCACACACACGCACACACUAACAUCCCCCUCACACUCGCACACACACACACACGACAGUGUUUCCUAAACUGACUUAAGCGAAAAAGAAAAAAAAAAAAAGUGUUCCAUUAUAAAAGUGACUGAAGGAACGUGUAUAUUGCCGUAUACUAUUUGAAAGAUUCUUCACAUGUUGAUAAGUAUUUUUAUUUUAUUUUUUGGGAAGGAUUUUGCUUGUUUGUUUAAUAAACGGUCAUUUUAUGUGAAUUUAA